CAGGAAGUCGACUCUAGCUGAACGUACAGAUGUAAAGACAAGAUAGGAAUUAUAUCAGACAGAUUUGACUUUACAAGUUGAGAAGAAUUGUGCGUAUUUAGGCAUUCUUCCCUCCGGCCAACAUACAUCAGGAAGCUAUGUGUUGGCAUAUUUUUCAGUAGGUUUACCGUUUCUGCCUAUGUCGUGGCCAGGGGGGUAAAAAAAGAAAGGCACAAAACAUAUAGAAAGGAGAUCGAGUGAGGGUAAGCAGAGACAGGGUAUGGAGUGCAUGGAGAGGAGCGUGUCUCUCCUGAGCUGGACGCUCAUCAUUGGAGGUGUCCUGUACCUCCUGCGCCAAGUGAAGGUGGCCGCGCAGUACGGUCGCUAUGUGAAAGCCGGAGGGGUGAUGGUGCCGGCUAAGGCAGCUUGGUUCCUCCAGGAACUGCCCUCUCUACUAGUGCCGGUGCUUCUGCUCCUCAGCAACGACUCUUUCCCCGAUCUGGGACGCAGUGUCCUCGUCUGCAUCUUCUGCCUGCACUACUUCCAAAGGACGUUCAUCUACUCGUUGCUGAAUAAAGGACGUCCUUGUCCCCUGGUCAUCAUGGUGUCGGCUCUGGUGUUCUGCUCGUUAAAUGGCUUCCUGCAGGGACAUCACAUGCUGCACUGCGCUCACUUUGACCCUGAAUGGCACACGGACGUACGUUUUAUAGCGGGUCUGUUAGUGUUCUUCUCAGGAAUGGCCAUAAACAUCCAUAGCGAUUACAUCCUGAGGAACCUCCGGAAGCCGGGAGAGAUCACCUAUAAAAUCCCUGAGGGAGGAAUGUUCGAGUGGGUAUCCGGUGCUAACUUCCUCGGGGAGAUAAUAGAGUGGUGCGGUUACGCCAUUGCCACAUGGUCUCUACCCACGUUCUCCUUCGCUUUCUUCACCUUGUGCUCCAUCGGACCCCGAGCCUAUCACCACCACAGGUUCUACCUCGAGAAAUUCGACGAUUACCCCAAGUCGAGGAAAGCAGUGAUCCCGUUUCUCCUCUAACAGCAGCAGCAGGAGAGCGCAAGGAGAAAAUCAUCCCACGCCCAAGAAUACCUCACAACCAGGACAUGAUGAAGCUGAAGAUCAGGACAAUAUCUAUGCUGUGUGUUCAUGUUUACUCUGCAGCUGCACUGACUCACUGUGUGGGUUUGUGUUCAGCCCGAUCAGUGAAUCCAUACGGCCGGUUCGGGAUCAAUAACGACUAAUCUGAAGUUUUAAUCGAUUUUUAUAGAUCAAAUUUUAGACCAUGAUCUAAUACAUGGUAGUAAUCUGAUACUAAUUUGGGACAGUUCAUUCUGUAUUUACUGGAUAGAUAGAUCCUGAAGAAAAUUCUGUGAACUUUCAAAAUUCCUAAUUGAUGCCCUCCCCCUCCUUCUUUUUCCUAGCCUUGUUUUCUACAGCUUUCUUUUACAAAUGUACUUUUUAUUUCCUGAAGUUUGUUUAAUGAUUUACAUUUUGAGGUGCAUUUUGUGCAUAAAAAGAGCUAAACAAAAUAAAUACACACACAAAAAAACAA